AUGGCUAACUUUAACUCGGGAAAAGUCAAUUCUCCACCUUCGAAUAUCCCUAGAGGACAGACGACACAAAGCGUAUUUCUGUGUUCUUUCAUUAUGGAUAUACUGGGAAAGUCGUUAAUUGCAUUGGAGAUGGGUUGGAGUCCUUUUAUUAAUUCCUGGACGCACGUUUGGUGUUCCCUACAAUGGGUGGAAGCGGUGUUUAUGGAGGUAUAUGGCUCGUUAUUGCUGUCGGUAAAACCGCCGAAAUAUUCUAUUAGCAAAGACCUCAAGCGAAUUGCAAAUGAUGACUCUGACGCAACACUUAAAGAAAAAGCGCAUUCAAUAUUAACAACUGGGAAACAACUGGAAAAUUUUAAAGACGAUCAUGUCCAAUUAUCGGCAAGAAAUAAGUGUAAUUCGAAUGAUUUUGAAGAGGGAUUCUCGACUCCACCAAAUAAAAUCAGAAUCUUCAAUAGAAUGUCCCCGAAUGAGAGUCCAUCCGUAAUAAGAGAUUCAAAGAUAGUGUUGGAAACUCUUGAUGAAAAUUUUGCGUUGGAUCUAAAAGGGAAAGCUCAACUAUCUACCACACCUUUUCUGCCGAAAAAAUGUGCGCGCGAAACACAGCAAGAAGCUGAAAAAGAUUUUACAGAUGAAGACUUGGCGAAUUCAGUGAUCGAUCCCUCCAACACUUUCGGCAAAGUUGAAUUUCCGACAUAUUAUAGUAAACUCAAAUCUAUAUGGAACAAUCAAGAUGCUACGAAUUAUCAUAUUAUCGAUUUAGGGGAUAAAGAUACAUCGCAUAAGGUUCAUGAACUUUUAGAUGAGAAUGAGUUAAAAUCGUUAUUUAACAGGUUAGAAGAGAAUGUGGAAGAUAUUUAUGAUGACGUAGUUGUGGACGAAGUAGCUCGCAGUGAUCUUGUAGGUGAGAAUGAUGAAGAGACGAAAAACAUGGAAGGAGAUAACGAAAAGUUUAACGAAUCAAUUGCUAAAAUGGAGGAAAUAGACCCAGAAAAAAUUAAUGAAGAUAGGCAGAAGCUGAUGAAAGAGGGUGUUUUUGCCAUCAAUAAGUUUAUGACAAGAACGGGACUGCCAACGUGGGAAGUAUGUAGUGCAUUGAAGGUUUUCUUGGCUCAAGGAUUUGGUGAUAAUGUUGAAAUUGGCCAAAUGAUAUUUAUUGGACCUGGAUUGUACUUGUUUUCACCGUUUACGAUUCCAGCUCUCGUCAUCCCAACUUCUACUGAUAACUUAGAACUUGUACCUCGACUCAUUCGAACACUCUUAUGUUUACGACAUAAUGUUCUUAAGGAGGUUAGGAUGUUUGAGAUGUUUGCAAAGGAAGAAAGCGACGUAUCGCGAAAUCUAAAACCAAAUAUCCAACUGGAGUCACACCAGAACGGCCAAAAGCUGUGA